GAGUUUAGUUGAAUAUCAAGCCAAUCUGAGAUAACGGACACCGGAUAUGAUUGGUUACUAGGGGAAGCAAGGCAUAUAUGAAUCCCCAAACACUUUGGCUUUGGCUGCGCUUCAACAAUCCGCUUCAGAUUCUCUAAUCUCCACGCCGGUCAACGCCUGCGGCGGCUUCUUUUUUCAUUCUCAAACUUCUUUUUAUUUCUCUAAUUACUAUCGUAAUUGAAGGUCUUGACUUCAAUUCACCAGGAAUAAACAAGUAUGGAGCAUGACUGUCCUCCUGCUAAAAGGAGACAUAUAUCGCAUGAAAAUAAUACGGACUGUUCUGAAUCCAACGAUGACAAGAUUACGGAAGAAGUUCCGAAUACAGAAGUGGUCGUCAAACAGGGUUGUGCGGUUAAUGAGGGGAAAGAAAGUAUAGAGCAUGACUCUCCUCCUGCUAAAAGGAGACAUAUAUCGCCGGAAAAGGAUGACGACACUUCUGAAUCGAACAAAGACUUAGAUACGGAAGAAGUUUCAAAUACAGAAGUGGCGGUCAAAGAAGAUUGUGAGGUUAGUGAGGAGAAAGAAAGUUUAACGAAGGAUACUCGAAUUGACGAUAUUGACAUUGAGCAAGAAAACAACAAGUGCAAGAAUGAGAUUGUGAUGGAAGAAUCACAAGUAGAUGCACCGGAAGCAGGUGGUAAUGAGAUUAGGAGUGAAGAUAAUACUUGUGGGGAAAACGGUCAUCCUCAGUCUAGAAAAAAGCUUCUUGUUCUUGAUGUAAAUGGGUUGCUUGUCGAUAUUGUAGCAAACCCGGAUGAAGAUUAUAAACCAGAUACAAUAUUAGGGUCAAAAUCAGUGUUCAAGAGACCAUUUUGUGAUGAAUUUUUGAAAUUUUGCUUUGAGAGAUUCAAUGUAGGCGUUUGGACAUCAAGAACAAGAAGGAAUAUAGAGCAAGUGCUUAAGUUUCUUGCAAUCGACACUAAGCAAUUGCUUUUCUGUUGGGAUCAAUUUCACUGUACCAAAACAGGUUUUAAUACUAUCGAGAACAGUGGCAAGCCGUUGGUGUUAAAAGAGCUUAAAAAGUUAUGGGACAAACAAGAUCGUUAUCUUCCAUGGUAUAAAGGAGAGUAUAAUGAAUCAAAUACGGUAUUUUUGGAUGAUUCUCCAUAUAAGGCGCUACGCAACCCUCCACACACUGCAAUAUUUCCAUAUUCCUACAGUUACCGCGAUACUCAAGAUAAUGGUUUAGGACCGAAUGGCGACCUUCGUAAUUAUCUGGAACAGCUGGCAGCAUCUGAUAACGUUCAAAAGUUUAUAGAGCAAAACCCAUUUGGUCAACAACCGAUAACAUAUGACGAUGAAUCAUGGUCUUUUUACCGUAAGAUCAUUGGUUCCAUUGGACCAACAGCUGGUCCUUCUCGUUCUAGAAAGAAACUUAUUGUUCUCGAUACUGGUGGGUUGCUUGUUGAUCUCACAACGGCCCCACGUGAAGGAUUCAAAGCAGACACAAUGCAUGGGUCAACAUCAGUGUUUAAAAGACCCUAUUGUGAUGAUUUUUUGCAAUUUUGCUUCAAGAGAUUUAACGUAGGUUUUUGGACAUCAACAUCAAGAUAUAACACGGAAUGCACUCUUGACUUUCUUAUGGGGGACGCUCAACACAAGUUGCUUUUCUAUUGGGAUCGAAGUCACAGUACCGACACCGGUUUUGGUACCGUUGAGAACAAUAGUAAACCCUUAAUCGUUAAAGAACUUAGAAGGUUAUGGGAAAAGAAAGAUCCAGAUCUUCCUUGGGAUAUAGGAGAGUAUGAUGAAUCAAAUACACUUUUAAUUGAAAAUACCUCACACAGGGCUUUGCUAAAUCCGCCACAUACCGGAAUCUUCCCUUAUCCUUACCGCUACUGGAAUACAGAAGAUAAUUCCUUAGGGCCUGAAGGUGACCUUCGCGUUUAUUUGGAAAGGUUAGCAGAAUCUGAGAAUGUGCAAAAAUUUGUAUCGGAAAAUCCUUUUGGUCAACGUCCCAUUAGGGAAAAGAAUUUAUCGUGGAAAUAUUAUCAAAAGAUUAUUCACGCGUUCUCAUCUAGAUUAAAAGGUCGCUCUAAUGGUUCAGUUGAUGAGCGAUAUAAAAAAACGUCUGAAGAUAAACCCGACACCACUACUGCUUUAGCUGCUCCAACCUUAGCGGAACCAAAAGCCGACUCUACUGUUUCAGCUGCUCCAACCAUAUUGGAACCAGAAAUCGACACAACUAUACCUGAUGCUCAAACCUCAUUGGAACCGCAACCUGACACUAGUAUGCCUGAUGCUCAAACCUCAUUGGAACCGCAACCUGACACUAGUAUGCCUGAUGCUCAAACCUCAUUGGAAGCACAAACUGACACUACUACACGUGAUGUUCAAACCGCGUUGGAACCACAAACCGACACUACUGUACCUGAUGCUCAAACCGCAUUGGAACCUGAAACCAGCACUGAUGCUCAAACCUCAUUGAACCCAGAAACUGACAGUACGACUGUUUUGGCGGCUCAAGCCUCGUUGGAACCACAAACCGACACUAGUACUGUUUCGGCUGCUCCAAAUUGAUUGGAACCAGAAACCAACACUGCUAACUGUAUUGACUGUUCCAAACUGUUAACGGCGGAUCAUUAGGGAACUGAGUUAUAUGUAGGGCUUUGCAUUCAUCUUCUUGAUAGAUUACUUAGACAUAGAUAGCAUUUAUCUUUCUAUUCCUUCUAGUUUUGCCGGAAUUUGUGAGCCGGUGAUAUGUAUGACCCAACUACGGAAGUUGUAGGUGAUUGUGCAUGGUGGCGUUGUUUGGGUCUGAUUUUUGAUUCGUCUUCAAUGGGUUUUACGAUUGUACGGGGUUGUGUAGUCGUGUUCUACUUCUGACCAAAGCAUGUCAGGAUAGAUCAAGAUGUCUACAAUUUUCGGGCAGAUAAGCAGUUGCGUUUGCUAAUGCCGGGUUGCAAUUUGGUGUGACAUUUAGAUACAAGUUUUUUAUAACAUUGUUUUGGAUUUUUGUAAUAGUUUUGGUAAGACAUUUUUUUUUAUAACACUGUAUUAGAUUCUUGUAAUUUUUUUUUUAUUUUUGUAACAUGAUUACUAUAAGUUGAUGUUAAAAUUUAAUGCACCCACUUCGGAAUA